UACUGGCAACAUAGAACCCGCCAUUUGUUUUGAGGUUAGUUUGUGACUAUAGACGCCGCUUGAGUUUUUAAUAAUUAAUCUAUUAAUAACACACAAAAAUGAAGCUAGUUAGGUUUUUAAUGAAGCUCAGUCACGAGACAGUGACAAUAGAAUUGAAAAAUGGCAGUGUUGUUCACGGAACGAUCACCGGCGUCGAUGUUGCAAUGAACACGCAUCUGAAAGCGGUCAAAGUUACAUUGAAAAAUAAGGAAGAAUUGCAACUCGAGACUUUAAGUAUACGCGGCAACAACAUUAGAUACUUUUUAUUGCCCGAUAGUCUGCCUUUAGAGACGUUGUUGAUCGAUGAUGCUCCAAAAGGCCGCGGUAAACGCGAGGGCUUCCCAAGAGGGGGUACGAGGGGAGGACGAGGCAGAGGCCGUGGUGGUCGCGGAGGGCCAAGAGGCGGCCGCGGAGGCCGAGGUCGUGGACGGCGAUAAGUGUAUCUCAUAAAUCCAAUUCCAAAAAUUUGUGAUGAGUUUGAAGUCGUAUUCAUAAGUUAGACUCUAUUGUAAGUGUCUGGUGAUUUCAUGUUGAGUAAUUAAAAAGUUCAUCUGAACAGAAUGUAUGUUUCUCUACAAUACAGUGUACAUUUGUAUUAAAA